AACAAACCGCCUUCCUUGAUUUCCGUAAUCUUCCUCCUCUCUCGAUAUUCUCUCUCAUCUUCUUCUAUCUCCAUUUCCAUUUUCAUCGCCAUCUCCAUCUCUCUGUGUGUGUGUGUGUGAUGGAGGGUUCAUCCAUUUUAGUGACUGGAGGUGCUGGAUUCAUAGGCACCCACACUGUUGUGCAACUUCUUAAUCAAGGAUUCAAGGUUACCAUCAUCGAUAACCUUGAUAAUUCUGUCGAAGAAGCUGUUGAUAGGGUCAGAGAUUUAGUCGGUCCUCAACUCUCACUCAAUCUUCAAUUUCAUUUGGGUGAUAUCAGAAAUAAGCAAGAUUUGGAGAAGUUGUUUUCGGGUGCCAAGUUUGAUGCUGUCAUACACUUUGCGGGACUCAAAGCUGUGGGUGAAAGCGUACUCCAUCCAUUCCGUUAUUUUGAUAAUAAUUUGAUUGGAUCGAUCACCCUUUACCAAGUUAUGGCUGAAUACAAUUGUAAGAAGUUGGUUUUUUCGUCUUCUGCAACUGUUUAUGGACAGCCCAAGGAAAUUCCGUGUAAUGAGGACUUCGAAUUGAAGGCAAUGAAUCCAUAUGGACGGACAAAGCUGUUUCUUGAAGAAAUAGCUCGAGACAUUCAUAGUGCCGAUCCCGAAUGGAAAGUUAUUUUGCUGAGAUACUUCAACCCUGUUGGAGCUCAUGAAAGUGGGGAACUUGGUGAAGAUCCAAAAGGGAUACCAAAUAAUCUGAUGCCUUAUAUACAACAAGUAGCUGUUGGAAGAUUACCAGAGUUGAAUGUAUAUGGUCAUGACUAUCCUACAAAAGAUGGCACUGCGGUGCGGGACUACAUCCAUGUAAUGGAUUUGGCCGAUGGUCAUGUUGCAGCACUGAAAAAGCUUUACAAGCAACAAGAUAUAGGUUGUUCUGUCUACAAUUUGGGGACGGGUCGAGGGACGUCUGUGCUUGAAAUGGUUACUGCCUUUGAGAAAGCAUCCGGAAAGAAAAUCCCGAUAAAACUAUGCUCAAGAAGGCCAGGAGAUGCAACAGAAGUCUAUGCGUCGACUGAUAAAGCUGCAAGAGAACUCAAUUGGAAGGCAAAAUAUGGGAUCGAGGAGAUGUGCAGAGAUCAAUGGAAUUGGGCAAGACAGAACCCGUGGGGAUAUCAGAAGAAGAAAUAAGAAACAAAGGCGUACGUAGUGUGUUUCUUUGGUUGUGAAUUCUUGGCUCCCAAAUAAUAAUAAUAAUAUCAUCUUCCAUAGUUUAAGCUCCUCCUCUCGGCAAUUGCAAUGUUGGGGUUUUUGGUAAA